GGAUUAUUAUAAAAUGGCGGAUGUCAACAUUCCAGCAUUUUGUAAAUAAAUCUGCAUAUUCGACUUUAAAAUAAAUAGAAUCGGAUAUAAAUAAUCUCGUUACUUAAAGCGAUUAAAAACUAGUUUUUUAAAGUAAAUAGGACUAUUUAAAAGUAACUAAUUAUUCGGGAUUUAUCGGCGUCUUUAACCCAGUGAGUAUCAUGUGUUUAAAAACUUAAAAGUUCGUGUUCACGAAGUAAAAAUGCCACGAAUUCUCAUUGAUCAUCAUUAGAAGAAUUCGAAAGAACUUUUUAAAAUGAGUACCAAAUCUGUUCAGGACUUUAAUACUAUUCAAUUCGAGAAAAAGUUGCAAUCAUUAAAAGACUCACAGGAGAGCAUUAAUAGCUUUUGCCAUUGGUGCUUGCAAAAUCAUCAACAUCAUAAAAAGAUAGUGAUUAGUUGGUUGAAUGUGUUAAAACGCGUUAGCAUUGAGCAGAGGCUCACCUUGUUUUAUUUGGCUAAUGAUGUUAUUCAGUAUUCAAAGAGAAGAAACUUGGAAUUUGUGGAAAGUUGGAGUACAACAUUACAAAAAGCAACUACCUUGGUUAGAGAUGAAAAGAUUAAACAUAAAAUAUUGAGGAUUUUUAAAAUAUGGGAACAACGUUGUAUUUAUGGUGAGGAAUUUAUUACCGAUCUUUCGGGAUUAAUUAGUGCUACACCAACAAGAAGAAACGAUGAGCCACAAGAAUUCCAGCCAACUUAUUUGAUAACAAAAAUACGACAUUGUUCGAAAUUGGAGGAAGAUACUGAUUUAAAACUAAAAAAAUUUAAAGAACACAACCCAAAGAUGAUUAACGUAGAAUCUUUGUGCUCUUCUUUAAAAGAUCGUGCACAGGUUGAUGAUGUUGAAAAAGAAAUGGAGGAUUAUGUCUCACAUAUGGAAGCUUAUGUUAAUGCUUUAAAACAAGAGAUGAAAGCUAGACAUAAUUUAAUAUCAUUACUACAACAAGCAGAACAACAUUUGGAUAAAGACAAAAAAGAUGUUAAAACCGUUGAAAAAGCAUACAAAGCUUUUGCUUUAAAAGUUAAGGAUCAGAAAAAACAUUUAGAAGAACUUAUUCCAAGAUUAGCAAGUCCUGUUCCUUCACCAGAUAUUAAUGCACCAUCUCCAAGUCCUGAUUCUGACUUGGAUUUACCUAAUCCUGAAUCUCCACCAAAAGAAUCUUUCUUAACAACUCUGUACCAAAAAGCUGGAUUUUACAAUCCAGUACCACCCCCGGCAGUAACAGAAGGAGGAAGUUUCAUCAACAAUGGAUUUUCAAGUUUUAUGGGGGGAAAUAUGCCUUUUAACGUCUCGGAGAGUAUGAAUUCUGUUUUUGGAAAACGUGAAACACCACCAAAUUCGAAUCCAUCUGGGCCGCAGAACAACUACGCAAAUUCUUUAACGAGUUUAUUUCCGUCGAUCACUCAACCACCACCUCCCCCCGAUACUCCCGCACCACUUCCGGUGUCCGCACCGAACCAAGCUUUUCCAUAUAAUGCUUCUCAAGUGCCCUUGAUGCCACCUCCUCUGCCACCAUUUUGCAAUAAAAACGAUUCGUAUAAUAAUUCGGCGGGUUAUAGGGAAGUUUAUAAUGAAAAUGGAUCAAAUGACUACGAUAUCUUUUUAGGAAAUAAUUACACGCAAAAUAAUAGAUAUCAGCCAGAAUCAAAUUUUCAAUCAAACACUAGUUCAUAUUCAAACACGUUUAAUUCCGGUUAUAAUGACGAGUACAAUCCUGAAGAGGAACCAGAAACAUGGGAAAGUGAGGGGGGCGUUUGGGAACAACCUCCAGUUGAUAUGGAAACACCUGAAAGCCCGCCAAUGUUUGAAAAGGAAUCGUUUUCGGAACCCGUUGAAUAUCAUGAGUCACAUUCUGGUGGUAGUGGAUCUGUGGAUGUUGAUCAUCGGAUUUUAGCAUUACCAGGACAAAAUCCAGGCCACAGAAAAAAGGAUAUCGACCACCGGAACUUGAUAAGUCUCACGGGUUCACCAAAAGAUGGAGAAUCAAACAGUUGGAGUGGACAAGGAGAUCAGGAUUAUCGUAAAGGUCAACAAACAGAAGACAAAGCCGAUCGAGAUUAUCGCCUCCCGUUCACAUUUGACGCAUUAAAAUUACCUCCUCCACCUCCACCCCCAAACAGUCAACAAAUACAGAUAAUGCAGCAAAAAUCUAACCAUAAAAGGAAUCAAUCCCCACGAAAAGGAGUCGAUAACGUGGAAAGCAUCGAUAUGGAUUUAAGUGAUGAAGAUCCCGUUAAUGACAACUUCAAAUUUGUUCGAUUAAAUGAGAACAAUAAAACGUUAGAACCGCCACCCCCAUUUCCAGAAUUUUCUGAUGAAGCGGAUGCAAAUGCAAACGACAUUUUAGAUGAUCUCAAUAAUGAUUUAGACGAAGAUAAUUUGAUUUUUGGAGAAGAAUUCGAUGAAAGUGGGGGUCAAUGGGACGAACAACAACAUAUGAUGGGAGGGCCCCCCUUUCCAUGUGGACCUGGUGGUCACCAUGGAGGAAUAUUACCGCCUGUACCACACAUGAUGUUUAUUCCUAAUAAUAACAAUUUUGUUAACGGACGUGGAAGAGGUAAUAAUAAACGAGGCCGAGGUGAUUUUAGGGGCGCAAGGCGUAAUUGGGGGGGUGGCAGAAAAAACCGUGGAAGGGGACCAAGAAGGUUUUUUAGAGGAAGGUUUCGUGGAGGAGGUGGAGGACAUUUUAAUUAAUUAAAUUAAAAAAGGUUACGAAAAAAAUUGGUUUAAAAAUGUUUAUUUUUUUUUUUUUUUUAGUUUUUAAAUGAGUGUUUUUUCUUAAUACUAAAUAAGAAAUUGUUUUUAUUUGUUCAAAAAUGUAAUUGAUAAGGAUGAUUUUAAAAGGCAGUUUAAAAAACAGUUAGGUUAGGUCUUUUUUGUGUUGGAACCUGUACUUUGUUUAUAACCUUUUUGUAAAUAUGUACAAAUUUUGUAACAAGGUGUAAAUAAUAAUAAAAUAGAGUUUAAUGAAUACAUUUUGGUAAAAACUAAUCAAGAAGCGAGCAAAUUGUAUUGAUGUCCCCACAAAAAUUGAGUCCGUUUUAUUAUAAUUAAUAAUGAUUUCAAUAUAAGACAAAAAUAUCUUUAUGGAAAUGAAGGAAUGAACUUUAUUAGUUCCAUGGAAUAUUUAAAACUUUGUAUAAUGAAUUAGAUUUUAUUAUUAAUGAGAGUUAUCUGAAAAGUUUUCGAUAUUUCAAUUAUCAAACCUUUAUAAUAAUAUAUUGUUACCAAAAUAUAUUCAUUUAACAAUUUAGACUGAAAUUUAAAUAUUAAUUUCAAGAACAUUAUUUGAUACCACUAUAAUUUUAUUUCUUUUUGUUUUUUGUUCUCGUAGUAAAAAAAUUAAAAUAAAAGAACCAUCCACAUUUUAGUGAUUAUUUACAACAACUUCUUUAAUGUUUCUUUUAUUUUUCUUUUAAAACUUAAUCAGAACUAAUAAGAAAAUCGUUUAUGUACUUCGCACAUAUAAAUAUUUUUUUUUUUCGUUAAUUUUCUUCUCUUUCUCAUAAUAAAAAUCUGUAUGAACCUGAUUUUUACAAAUAAAACCUUGCUAGGACGAAUUUUUGUUAAUAAAAAUAUUCCGGUAAUUAAAA